AUGCUUCGCUCCCUUCUCAAUAUUGAUCCAGCCAAGCUUCAUCAGCUAAACUGUCCAGUAAAGAUAACCAAAUAUGAACUUAAUCUCAUCAAGCAAGUAACACACAUCUUGACACCAUCUGAAGUAGCAACUCUAGAGUGUCAGGGAGAGAAUGUUGUAACGUCAAGCAAAGCAAUUCCAUGCAUUCGUGGACUGAAAGCUGAGCUUCAACAACCGUCACAGACACACAAGUCAAAGGUGAUUACUACUCUCAAAAGCUCCAUCAAGAAAACACUGAAGAUCUAUGAAGACAAGGCGAUGUUUCAGCUGGCUUCACUCCUAGACCCACGCUUCAACAUGGACUGGUGCCCACCACAACAAGUCAUGUUCAUCACAUCCCUACUGAAGUCUAAAGUACAUGACAUUAAGUCCACUGCCACUGAAGAAAAGGGUUCCCUUCAGGAAAAUAAGGAGGCCCCUACAAAGAAGUGCAGGCUGUUCAGAUUCAUAACACCAUCAGCAUCAACGAGCUCUUCCCUCUGUACAUUAACAUCAACUUUAUCACAAGUACAAUCCUACCUGAGUCAGCCAACAACAGAGGAUGACAGUGACCCCCUUCUCUUCUGGGAACAGAAUCAGUCACCAUUACCUCAACUAGCUAUACUGGCUCUCCGAUAUCUGUGUAUCCCACCAUCAUCAGCUCCAGUUGAGACACUUUUCUCUCUUGCUGGGAAAGUCUUUCGUCCUGAACGAUGCACAAUGACCGAUGUUCGCUUUGAGGAGUUGAUGUUUAUCAAGUGUAACCAACACUUAGUGUGGGAUGAGCUUCCUCACCGAAUAUUAGUAGUGAGGUUUGUGUAG